GGACUGCAGUGCAACGCAUCCGUGGACCUCAUUGGCACCUGCUGGCCCCGCAGCCCUGCAGGGCAGCUAGUGGUUCGGCCCUGCCCUGCCUUUUUCUAUGGUGUCCGCUACAACACCACAAGUGACAGGUUCUGGGCCACAGUCCAGGCUGGUGGCUGCACAAACCUCCAUAUGUCCCUGGGCCACUCUCCUGCCUUCUUCCUUGAGUGACAUGGGCCAGGCUAGGAGCAGCUGUGGCAGACCUGAGUGAUGACAUCUCCCCACACACGCCUGUCACCUGUCAUUUUCUGUCCAAGAGACCUCCACCAUGGAUGUUCCCCCCACCCACCGACCACGACCUUCCAACACAGGCCCGCUAUGGGGAAGUGCCACCAUGGGGACCUUCCCCAAGAUCUUCCCCGUGAACUCUGAGCCCCCAUGUGCAGCACGGCCAGUGAGGACCUCCACGGCAGCCUCUGUGAGAUGACUCUACCACAAGAAGCCCUGUCAUGCCACCCGCCACGUGAGCUGUCACUGCAUACCCUUCCACCGUGUCACGCCCAGCCUCAUGAAAAUUGACUCAUGAGGUCUCACCAUUUUUUUGCUGUCUUGCAAGACCCCUGAAAAGGAGAUUUCUCAGAAGAGCACCUACCCGUCAUCUGCCAUCACAUAACGACUUGCAAAGAAACAGCCCAGGGAGCUGGCCAAGCUUGUCCACGGGCCAGUCCUGUGGGCAGGUUCUUGCCAGCUUGAGUGGGCAGAGCCAGGGGAGCCACCAACCCCUGCUGGAGGCCAAUGGGCAGAAAGAGGCAGGAAGAUGGGGGUGGUAAGGAAGCCCCUCUCCCCAGCUUCACUUCACAGCACCCAGCCAGCAGGUGCCUGUGCUGGCCAUCUACAGAUCCAUCUACGCAUCCAUCUGGGCCAGGAUGGUCAGGCAGGGGCCCGGGCUGCCCCGCCAUCACUGCCUCUCUCUUCCUUUUCCAGACAAUGGCUACCGGGAGUGCCUGGCCAAUGGCAGCUGGGCCGCCCGCGUGAAUUACUCCGAGUGCCAGGAGAUCCUCAAUGAGGAGAAAAAAAGCAAGGUGCACUACCAUGUCGCAGUCAUCAUCAACUACCUGGGUCACUGCAUCUCCCUGGUGGCCCUCCUGGUGGCGUUUGUCCUCUUUCUGCGGCUCAGGAGCAUCCGGUGCCUGCGAAACAUCAUCCACUGGAACCUCAUCUCCGCCUUCAUCCUGCGCAACGCCACCUGGUUCGUGGUCCAGCUAACCAUGAGCCCCGAGGUCCACCAGAGCAACGUGGGCUGGUGCAGGUUGGUGACAGCCGCCUACAACUACUUCCAUGUGACCAACUUCUUCUGGAUGUUCGGCGAGGGCUGCUACCUGCACACAGCCAUCGUGCUCACCUACUCCACCGACCGGCUGCGCAAGUGGAUGUUCAUCUGCAUCGGCUGGGGUGUGCCCUUCCCCAUCAUUGUGGCCUGGGCUAUUGGGAAGCUGUACUACGACAAUGAGAAGUGCUGGUUUGGCAAAAGGCCUGGGGUGUACACCGACUACAUCUACCAGGGCCCCAUGAUCCUGGUCCUGCUGAUCAAUUUCAUCUUCCUUUUCAACAUCGUCCGCAUCCUCAUGACCAAGCUCCGGGCAUCCACCACGUCUGAGACCAUUCAGUACAGGAAGGCUGUGAAAGCCACUCUGGUGCUGCUGCCCCUCCUGGGCAUCACCUACAUGCUGUUCUUCGUCAAUCCCGGGGAGGAUGAGGUCUCCCGGGUCGUCUUCAUCUACUUCAACUCCUUCCUGGAAUCCUUCCAGGGCUUCUUUGUGUCUGUGUUCUACUGUUUCCUCAAUAGUGAGGUCCGUUCUGCCAUCCGGAAGAGGUGGCACCGGUGGCAGGACAAGCACUCGAUCCGCGCCCGAGUGGCCCGUGCCAUGUCCAUCCCCACCUCCCCCACCCGUGUCAGCUUUCACAGCAUCAAGCAGUCCACAGCAGUCUGAGCUGGCAGGUCAUGGAGCAGCCUCCAAAGAGCUAUGGCUGGGGGGAUGACGGCCAGGCUCCCUGACCACCCUGCCUGUGGAGGCGACCUGUUAGGUCUCAUGCCCACUCCCCCAGGAGCAGCUGGCACUGACAGCCUGGGGGGCCGCUCUCCCCCUGCGGCCAUGCAGGACUCUAGCUCAUGAGUGGAAAGUCACCUACAGGACUGGGCCGGGCCCAGGGCUUCUGGCUUCCCUGCCCAAUCCUCCCUGGAGAAGGGACAUGGGAAUGAAUGGAAAUGGGGCGCUGGACACCUACAGCAGCACGCGUGUCCCUCCAAGGCUGUCUUCUCCCAGAGCACAAGAAGGCCAGCCCACUGGGGCCUGGGGCUGCCCUCGGCAACUGUGGGGAGGCCAUUUGCUGCCCCAGGACAUCAUGGGCAACUCGUGACAGCCUCUGUCUCACCACGAUGACGCCUCUGGACCUUGGUGAUGCCUUCCGACACCACUGGGAACCAAGGGCCCUCGCUCAGGAACCCUGGAGACAGAAGUCAGGUGUCAUCAUCAGACGUGCGGCCACAGCACUAGAGUUACCCCCCCAAGGCCUCCAGAACCUCAUUGGCACUGUGGCGCUGCCACCAGCAAUGCCCUGCCUUGCUGCCUUCACCCUGAACGUUUACUACCCCACAGGCCAGGCCAGCUUCCCCUCACUUAACCACCCCACAUCAACCACCUCCUGCUCCUUUUCCUCUUUUGUGAGAAGAUGGGGGCUGGAGGGGGCAGAGUGGCCUGUGAGCAAGAGCCAGGGGUAUCCCAGUCCCAGCCUCUGGGGCAGAGCUUGUAGCCCCGGAUGGCCUCUGGGGCAGGACCACUAGCUAAGCAAGCCAGGAGAAGACCCCUGCCCAAGUGGCUCUUGGGACAACGUGCUGCUUACACGCCAGGUGUGGACCGGCCGCAGCCCCCACUGGCAGAGGGACUGGACAGCCAGGGCAGGGCUUUGGGGGACUAGAAGAUGAGGGUGUCGGCUGUGAGGCGGGUGGCUAGUAUAAAUAAUAUUUAUCUUUUCAACCAGCAUUUGUGAAGGCCUGGACUCCACAGGGGGCUGGAUGGAGAGGGUGUCUCACAGAGGUGGGGGCCGCUUCCCAGCUUUCAGGGGCUGCUGUGUUGCUGAGAAACCUGACCCCACUCUCACCCCGGCAAGGAUGGUGCCAGGAGAGCCCCUGAGGGCCGGGAGAGGGGUGAGGGCAGGAGGGAGGGCUUCGAGGAACAGGUGGGUCUGGCCAGGGCCCCCUUAGUUAGGGACAGCUUGUUGUGAGGAGGUGAAUUAGAGGGAGAGGAGGACCACGGUUAGGGAUGCAGAGGAGGGACACCAUGGGUCAGGGGAAGGAACAAAGGAGACGGGAGUGUGUCCCAGCCCCGGGCAGGAGCUGAGCUGAGGGGUGGGAAGCAGAAUCAGGAUGCUGGGCCUCUGGACAGGCUGUGAAUGCAGCUGUCUCCGCUACGGCCCCCACAAGAAGCCAUCCCUGAGACCCUGAGGUUUCUUGUGCAAACUUGAGGGAAGGGGAGUACAGAGAGGGCAACAGGGAGUGAAGCCAGGCAAGGAAGGCAGGGGAAAGUUGGGGGCUAGAGGGGGACACAGUAGCCUGUGAGCAAGAGACAGGUAUGCCCCAGCCCUGGCCAGUGCCGCUCUGAGGUGGGCGUCACACUCUUAAGCUCCCCUGGCUUGCUGGCUUCAGUGCCCCCAACUCCAGGCCAGAGCUGGUAUAGCCCUGGGUGGCCUCUGGGGCAGGACCGACACUCCAACACUGUUGUGGGCGCCUGGAGCUCCCUUCCACUGGGGAAGCCCUCCCUCAUCCCACCCAACAGGUGAGGGAGCUGGGGUAUUUAUCCACCAUCUCCCAUCAGCUGUGGGUUGAGGGCUGCUCCCAGGGGGACAUGAACUCUUCUGCAUUCCCACAUCAGGCUACAGAGGGCCAGAGAGAGUUCUCGGGCACAACGAUGUGCAGGUGGGUGGAAGCCAGUGUGUGCUGCAUUGGAGGGGCAGGGGGUGUGGGUGGAACACCAGAACUCGACACAGGGCCCCGCUGCAGCCCGGGCCUUGUCUGUGGGUCUCUCUAACCAGGGAGGAGAGCCCCAUGGGUGGGGCAUAUGUAUGCACAUGUGCACUUGUGUACCCAGGCGCACACAGGAGCUUGCAGUGUCAGGACACCAGGAACAGACAAAGGCGACGCAGUGCCGAGAGCCCCGCAGCUCCUGCUGAGGGAGGACAGGUUUCACUGGGGAGGGCCUGGGCCUGGGGGUAGCUAAAGAUAUCCUUGAAGGCCCUGUGGGGUACUCUGCUCUGCCAGUUCUCCAAGCUUUGUGCCCUGAAGUAGAGAGAUGGGGUGGGGGACCCAGGGAGCGCCAUGACAGGUAGGCUGGAGGCUUCCAGAGCAACAUGGAGCUUAUUGUGGGGAGUGGGAAGAAGCCCAGUAAAGGGUCCUGGCUGCCUGGAGAGACUAGAAGUGACCUGAGUCUCUAAUGGCCACAACGGAGACAGCUUUCCCAACUCUGCCUCUCACCCAGUGAAGGCAGAGAAGUGAGAAGGUGAGGCUUUCCUGAGACAAUGCCAGUGGGGAUGGGAUGAGGGGCGCACCCCGGGGGUGGAGGAGCCGAGAGGGUGGGGGUGAGGGGAAGACAGGGAAGGGAUGGUACAGACCAGGAAGUGUGGAUAAGCCCAGCCAGGCCGCACCCCGCUUUCCUGAGUGAGCUUCCUGGCUGCGCUCACUGCCAGGCACCUUCUGGGCACCUACUGUGUGCUCAGCACUGUGCUAGGCCUUGGGUGAAAGGGAGAUGAGCAGCCACCCCAGGGGGGACCCCAGGGACCCCAAAAAAACACAAAGCUCAGAGCCUCUGGCUCUGGAAGGCCACCAAGAGGACAGCUCCAAGACAAGUCUGGGGGUCAUCGGAGAAGCUGGAGGCGGAAUCCCUGGGCAGGCAGAUGGAGCCUGGGGCUCCCCUCCCAUUGAGAGAAUCUGAGGGCGGAGGGGCUGCUUCAGGGCACAGCCGGGAACAUCUGAGCCUCAGAACCUGCAGCCCAGAGGCCCAGAGUUCUAUCUCCCAUGGCAGACGUGCGCUCUGGGCUUCGGCGCAGAGAAGGCAGCCCUGAGACCAGGCAUCUGGGCCAUUCUGCUCAGGUUCAGCUUGGGGUGGCGAGGCCCCUGUGGGAGUGAGUGGGGUGUGAUGAGCCAAAAAACACACAUGCGACUACACAAAGUUGGGGGAGCCACUGGGGACCCUCCAAGCUGCAGUGGUGGGGGAAGGUCGCUGGAGGCCUUCCCAGACCCAGAAGACCUCAUGCCUGGAAGAAUUUCUCUCCAUACCACGCCCAAAGGCUGCGGUCCCCUAAUGCUACCCCCACCUAAGCCCAUUUCUCCUUGACAUCCUCCCUCAUGGGCACAGAACAGCAGUGGAGGAAAAGCCCCACUGUUUUUCCAGUUCAGGCCACCCCCUCCCCGUCUCUUAGUGUGACAGCACAGCCCCUGCCCAGAGGUCCUCAGCCUCCCCUCCAGGCCUCCUUCUCUAGCCCCCUGCUACUGGUGGCUCAGCUCUCCUGGGACCAGGACUGGGUGGAGAGUCAGAUUGGGAAAACCGUGUGUUAGCAGGUGAGGUGGGUUUGGAAUCCAUAGAAUAAUACUUUCAUUGUGGGUAUUGUAGAUUACUUUGACAUCCACAAACAUCCUUAUAACAUUUGUCUUUUUUUUUUUUUUUUUUUUUUUUUAAUAUGUGGGUAAAUCUCUGUUCAGGGCUCUCAGCUCUGAAGGCUGUGAGACCCCUGCUUUCCCACUUCACAUCUCUGUAUUUCUGUGUGUGUGUCUUUAUUUAUUUAUUUUUUCUUAUUAUACUUUAAGUUCUAGGGUAAUCCUCAACUAGCCCACAGAGGUAGUAACCCACCUGUUUUGCAGCCAGGGAAACCGAGGCCUGGCAGCAACCCUGAGACUGAAGGUCUGGUUCCAAGUCUAAGGCUUUUUUCACUCCUCAGUGAACUGAAGGGGCUUGGGUUCUGGGAGGCCAGAACCAGUGAAGAGCUCUGUGGCAAGAGGGCAGCAAGGAGGCCUCAGGGUCUCUGUGAUCUGGGACGUGCCCCACGUGAAGAUUGGACUUCCCCAAAGAUGGCCCCACCAGUGUCCAGCCGCCAAGCAAUGAGAGUUCUGUGGAUCCAGCAUCUCCUUCCCCAGCUUCCUGACAUCCUCCACCCCCCAACUCCUUAAAAUGAUGCUUAAUUUCAAACAAUGCAGCCGGGGCCACCAUCAGCCACAGCGGGCCCCCCUACACCCCAGCCAGGGAGUGUGCCGCUGGCCUUGAGCCCAGGGGUACCUCAGAGCCAGCUCAUCCAAACUGCCCACUGACUUCAAACUCAGCUGCUCACACUUGCUUCAGACCGAGGGGAAUGCUUUCUACAAUUUGCUAACAGCAACACUGAUCAUUAUUGAUUGUUUACCGGGCAUCAGGUGCUGCUUUAGCCCCUCACAUGUUUAUCUCAUUGACUCUUUAUACUGCCCUAUGAGGCAGGUGCUGUUAUCCCCAUUUAACAGAUAAGGCAAAUAAAGCCCAGAGAGGUUAAGAUACCUGCCUGAUGGCACCCACGGAUGGAUGAAAAGCCAGGGAGGCCCCACUAGGCCUCCGUGAAGCUUAACCCCUGUGCAGUGGGAGUUCUUAGUAAGGCUUUCCUCCCAGCCCCACUGCCCCUUCUAAUCCCCUCCCCAGGGAAAUCCUUCCAUCCCCAGUCUGUGGUCAAACAGCAUUCAGAGAUGAGCUAUGAGCUAGCUGAAGGAAUUGGAGCCUGCGGAGCGUGGGCCUCGGGCAGCCCACUCCCCAAAUCCAGCCUCCAAGCCGGCUCCAGCUGCCGGUCUCCCGUCCCCAGCCCCGUCCCAGCUCUACCUCAGAGCAUCACCUCCCACCCCUGCCCUCAGCUCACCAACCCCUGUAGGUCCUGCUAGCAGACCAGGCUCAAGAGAG